ACCCCAUCCUGCCCGGGCAGGGUCCUGCACAAGGCGGGCACCCCCUUCCCCCGCCGGUCUGUGGGGCGCGUUUCGGAGGAGAAGUGGCUAGCGAGCCACAUCCUUCCGGGGAGCAGCUCUGUCCCGGGGCUGGGGAAGAAGCACAGGACACACGCACAGAAAGCCCUUCCCCGGCUCGCCCAGGUGCGGAGCAGCCGGAGCUCGCAGAAACCGGGAGUGACCGGGAGUGAGCCGCCCCCGCCCCGCCGCCGUGGAGAAUGCAUCUCUCCAAGCCAGCAGCCUGUCAGAGCAGGAGGAGGAAGAAGACACCAUCUGGGAGAAGAUUGAGAGUGCACGGCACCAGCUGACCCGCUCCCUGAACCCAGCCAAGCUCACCCCGUACCUGCGCCAGUGCCGCGUCAUAGACGAGCAGGAUGAGGAGGAGGUGCUCAAUUCCUGCCGGUUCCCUUGCAAGAGCAACCAGACAGGUUACCUGAUGGACAUCCUUCGGCGCCGUGGGAAGCGAGGCUAUGAAGCCUUCCUGGAAUCCUUGGAGUUUUACUACCCAGAGCACUACACACGGCUCACGGGGAGGGAACCAGCCCAGCGCUGCUCUAUGAUCCUGGAUGAGGAAGGCCCUGAGGGACUAACUCAGUUCCUGAUGAUGGAGGUGAAGAAGGUGAGGGCUCAACGGAAAGAGCACCUGCUGAAGGAGCACCAGCUCCAGGUGAAGAACCAGGCGUUGGAGCAAGAGCAGGUGCGGCUGGAGCAGCAGCUGAAGGAGCUCCUGAAGGUGCAGGAGCGUUGCCAGCGGCUGAGAGAGGAGUGGGACUCCAACAGCGUGGAGCUGCUGAGGCUGAAGGACGAGAACUACAUGAUGGCCAUGCGCUACGCGCAGCUCUGCGAGGAGAAGAACAUGGCCGUGCUGCGCAGCAGGGACCUGCAGCUGCUGGUGGACCAGCUGAAGUGCCAGGUCUCCAGCCUGGAGGAGGAGUGCAGCCUGCUGCGGAAGCAGGCGUCAGCAGCGCCCCAGCGAGAGGCAGAGGAGCGGGGCCCCCCCGACGCCGUGUCCGAGCUGUGGGCUGAGAACCAGCGGCUCACGGCGUCGCUGCAGGAGCUGCAGGGCAUGCUGCAGAAGCCCAGUGAGGGCCCAGUGCCAGGCUCUGAGCAGAUCCUUCUGGACAUCCUGGAGCAUGACUGGAAGGAAGCCCAAGACGACCGGCAGGAUCUCUGUCAGAAACUCAACUCCCUGCAGAAUGAGCUGCAGUGGGCAGAAGAGCUGAGGGAUAAGUACCUGCAGGAGGUGGAAGAUCUGCAGCUGAAAUACCGGACGCUGCAGAAGGACUGUGAUCUCUACAAGCAUCGUAUGAACACAGUGCUGAUGCAGCUGGAGGAGAUCGAAAAAGAGAGGGACCAGGCCAUCCAGAGCCGUGAUGGGGUGCAGCUGCAGUACUCCCAGAGCCUGAUUGAGAAGGACCAGUACCGCAAGCGAGUGCGGGCCCUGGAGGAGGAGCGGGAUGAGCUCCUCAGCAAGCUGAGCCAGGCUGAGGGGCUGAACAGCACGCUGGAGGCACAGCUGCAGCGGUGCCAGGGCGGCCGCAGCCUCAGCAAGAUGUGCAGCUCUUCCUACUCCCUCUGCUCCAACCUCAGCAGCACCUGGAGCCUCAUAGACAACCCUACAAAUGGACUCAUGGAUACUCUGGGGACUUCUGUUACCCCAUUCCCAGGUGAUUCAGCCAUUCAGAGCAUGGAUGGGACUCCCGACAGUGAGAAGGAUAUCAACCGCCUUUCCACCUUCCCCUUCCCUCCCUGCAUCGGCUCCAUCCUCCGUCGGCAGCGGGAAGAGAGGUGCAUGCCCUACAAAAGCUUGUCCUGUGGCUCCUUUAGCAGCCUUGAAGAUGGAACAGGCAGCAGUUUUCCUGGCACCUUGCUGGGGGCCUUCUCCUCUUCUUCCAGCAGCACCUACACCAGGGUGAAGUCAGAGAUCUGCUUGUCCACUCUUUCCAGCCGCAAGGAGAUCCCCAGGAGGUCACUGAUGGUACAGCUGACUAGUGUGGGUCAUCCCAGCAAUCCCUCACCCCAGGAGAAGAGGCUUGGAACAGACAUCUCCAUCCUUGGAGGGAACAGGACAGGAAUUUAUGUCCAAUGGGUCAAGCCAGGCUCCCAGGUUGAAAAAGCAGGACUCAGGGAAGGGUGCCGGCUCAUUGAGCUGAGGGUGCCAUCGCUGAAGGAAGAGGUGCUUUCCCUGGAGAACUGCACACGGGAGGUGGCCUACCUGAGCCUACUGCACUGGGAUGAGCCAUCUAGUCUCAUCUUUCAGCUUGACCUGGAAGGCUACCAGCCUCUGCGGGCAGCCCUGGAGGAAGGGAAGAAGCUUUCUGGAGACUCGUUCUACGUCCGCACCAACGUGUCCCUGGCGGAGCGGUCGGACCCUUCCGCGCUGUGCGUGAGGUGCCGGGAGAUCCUGCACGUCACGGACACCAUGCACAAAGGCCGGCUGGAGUGGUACUGCGCUCGCGUCGACCCCCUGACCCUGCGCGACCUGGACAAGGGCACGGUGCCCAACUACAGCAGGGCUCAUCAGCUUUUGAAGAUCCAGGAGAAGCGCCAGACGCCUGGGCAGCAGAGAGGUCACAGAAAUAAUCUAAAGAAACGGGCCUUGGGCCAACUGCGCCUGGUGAAAUCCAAACCACAGAGAAGCUCAGAACAGCCUCCCCAGAAGCUGUGGCUGGACCCCUGCUCAGAGCCAGAGAUGAGCCUGAAGCCUUACAGCCUGGUGCGCCCUGUGGUGGUGAAGACACCCCGUCCUGUGGUGCUGUCCCCGAGCUGCAUUGCACCACGGCUCAUCAGGAACCUGCUGGACCUGCCCACCUCUCGUCUGGACUUCCAUGUGUGCCCAGCAGAGAAGCUGGCAGGAGGGGAUCCCAGCACAGCCCACGCUCAGGAGCACCCUGUGCCUAGAACUGCCCCCCAGGAACAGAGGGAGAGUGGACGAAUCCACAUGAUCCGGGAGGCAAUGGAGAAGAAUAAACACUGCCUGCUAGAGCUGGGAGUUGAAGGUGUGAGGGAUCUAAUUAAAAGUGAAAUAUACCCCAUCGUUAUCCAUGUCGAGGUCACUGAGAAGAACGUUAGAGGACUCAGGAGCUUGCUGGGGAAGGCGGGCCAGCGGGACUCGGAGGUGCUGAAGGUGUGCCGCGGUGUGGAGCGGGCUCUCCACACCCUGCCCUGCUCCUGGGCCCGGGUGGAGCCCCACGCCUGGAGCUGUGCCGAGGAGCUGCCCAAGGUGGUUCGUGGGUGCAUCUUCCAGGAGCAAACCCGCCCGCUGUGGAUUGAGGAGGGCGAUGACUGAUGGGGGGUAGCAGAGCGGCUACUGCCACCUCCUGUCCCCAAAGCUGCUCUCAGAGGUCUCUGCCUUCCCAAGCCCUCCAGGCAGUGUGUUCUUCCUCCCUGAGGGGAUGCUGGUAGCUAAGGCCCCCAGGGUGGCCUUUCUCAUCCCCUUGAGGGCCACAAGAGCCAGGAAGUAGCAGAAGUUGCCUCCCCUGUCUGAGCUUUCUGAAUUUCAUUGGAAAGACGUCUUCCACUCUCACCACCUGAGGGCCGCUCCUGUCACCUUGGGCUGCCCUUGUACGUGGUCAGAUUGACAGACAGGGAAUGUAGGGAACUGUGUGGGAUCAGGCUGUGUCAGAGCAUUUCUCACACACGUUUGAAGCUCUUGUCCAGUCACCACCAUCUCCCCUACCUGGUGGCACUGUGUGCUCCGGGUCCUCUCUUCCCAUCUACCUCACCUCUGGCCCCGAGGCACAGGGAGCACGGCUCAUACACCUGUGACCCACUGUGGCUGGAGUGACACUAAGGUUGCAACAAACCCUCGUUUUAUAGGAGCUCUACCCUUUAUUGCUUGUAAAUUAUUAAUGGAGCCUUUCAUUGGCAAACCGCCUGUAAAAGAGAAUUAAAUACCAUUCAUAAUGGGAAUGGGUGGCAGGCUGUGUUACUGGGAAGGUAUGGGUGAUGCACAAAAGGAUAUUUUUCUCCUCCUUUAGGUGAGACCCAGCUGCCCAGCCCUCCAGGGGAAGGAGGGAGCACUACUAUUGCUGUUGUAGGGCAGAAAGAAGUGUGGGGAGAGGACAGGCUAAGUGUGCCACAGACUAAGUCCUCUCCUUUUUCUACUUGGCCCCUGGUUUUCAGUCCCUUGCUUUUCCCCACACUGAUGUUGGUCAGGGUGCUUUAGGAAGCUCAGGGAAUAACUCACUUGAGUUUUGAAUUGUCUGGCUGAGGUCUCCCUAGAGCUUUGCAUCCCUCCCUCCAUGUCCUGGUUAGUGUGAAGUGACAAGCCAGCUACCUCACCCUCCUGGGUGACAGCAAGGAGACUGAACCCAGCCAUUCUUCUAGGAUAAAGGGGGACAGUGCCCUGCAAGGUGGGGUUCUCACCCUGACAUGGGGCCAAGAGUGGGUUCAGACUCUGACAGGGGGAAGAUGAAGACUUUGGGUAGCCACAGCAGUGCUCACUUAGGCUGCAUGGUCCUGAAUCCUGUCAUGCAGCCACCAUUAUCAGGUGCCAUAGGAAAGGGGUGCCAGGAUACCCACGCUGUGGAGAGGGGGUGGUUGUGGUGGUAGGUGGUCUUUCCUGAGGCAUGCCAGAGGAAAAGGAAGUCUGUGGCUCUGGGAGGGUUGGGGCUCUUGAGGCACUGAGGUCAGGCAGAGUCUGCUGAUUCUGGGGUCAGUGAGAGAAGAUGGACAACCAGCACCAGAGUCAGGUCUUCUCUGUGUCCUCCUUGUCCAUGUGGUUUGGGACUGCUGGUGGCAGUUGUGAAGCUCUGAGCAAAGAUUAACUUGCUGAUCUUCACGAGUCCCCUGUGAGGUGUUAUUUCAAGCUCUAAACCAGUUGACUGUGUCUUUUAUGAGGACGAGAGUGAAGGGGGGAGGAAAGAAAAUGAAGAUUUUAACUUGCAGUCACUAAAAUGUAGAGCAGAUUCCUCGCUCUGCCCUGGAGCCAUGCACCUCUUCUGUCAGGAAAGGGGGAUCUGGCAUACACAGGGCUCCAGGAUGAAAGCUCCCAAGUGGCAUCCACUCCAGGGGAUGCAGCCUGAGCAUCCAGGCACAGCCAGCCUCCUGGGAGGGUGCUUGCCCUGCAGGCAAACAAAGCAGGAUUUUUGUUGAGCUGAUGAGAAGACAAGUCCCAAAACAAGUUCCCAUUCACCCUGUCAUGGGUUUGGAGAUUGGAAUUUGUAUCUUUGCAGGAGAAAAGUAGCACUCGAGUACUCGGGGAAAACACUGUGUGUGAGGCACUGUGACUCAGGGCUUGAAAUUUCCUCGUGUCCCUGCUGGCACUGGGAGCCAGUCCCAGUCCUAUGGCCUAGGCUGAAGGGGGUUAAAAGCAGCCCCUCCACCUUGGGUUAGUCUGGCUGUUAAAAGCAGCCCCUCUGCCUUGAGUUAGGCAGGCUGUGCUCCCAGCUUAGCC